AUGACUAGGAGGUCCAACAAGGACAACCUAGUUGAACAUCCAGAGAUAGACAAGCUUGAGAAGCAACUUAGGAAGCAAAAGCCCAAGAGAUGGCCGACGAAGCAGCUCGCGCUCACGCCGCUGAAGUGGCGCGCGCUCAAGAAGAAGGAAGAGAUCCACCUCCUCCUCCUAAUCCACAAGACCCUGCUGGAGAUAAACCCUAUCCAUCCACCACCACCUGCAAGGAAUGACUAUGAGAUCAAGCCUCAGAUCAUAGCAUUGGUUAGACAGAACCAAUUCAAUGGACUUCCAGCUGAGCAUCCUCUUGAUCACAUAGAAAACUUUGAAGAAAUUUGCAGCACUACAAGAUCCAAUGGAGUCUCUGCUGACUACUUAAGUGCAAGCUCUUUUCAUUCUCUCUUGGCGACAAAGCUUCAAGAUGGUUGA